AACCAUCCUUCUGCCUCCUGUCUAUUCAAACAAAAAUCUGAGAAUCCCCUCCAAAUCCCUCUCUUUACUACUCUCCCUUCUUCCCUUCCCUCACUGUACAAACACCCACGUUACAGUACAGUACAAUCCAAACGCCAUGUCGUUGAGGCCGAACGCGAGAGUGGAGGUGAGGAGGAACAGGUACAAGGUGGCGGUGGAUGCAGAUGAAGGGAGGAGGAGGAGGGAGGACAACAUGGUGGAGAUCCGAAAGAGUAAGAGAGAAGAAAGCUUGCUUAAGAAGCGACGUGGGGGACUUCAGGCCCAACAACGUCAACAACAACAACAACAAGUCAUCUCCUCUCUUAACAUUUCUUCCGCUUCUGAUAAGCCGUUAGAUACUCUUCCGGCAAUGAUUGCUGGUGUUUGGUCAGAGGACAAGAAUUCGCAACUUGAGGGAACUACUCAUUUCCGAAAGCUGCUCUCGAUAGAACGCUGUCCUCCGAUCAAUGAAGUUAUACAAUCAGGGGUUGUCCCCCGCUUCGUUGAGUUUCUUGCAAGGGAUGAUUUUCCACAGCUUCAGUUUGAGGCGGCGUGGGCACUCACGAAUAUCGCUUCUGGGACAUCAGAAAACACCAGGGUUGUAAUUGACCAUGGGGCAAUCCCAAUUUUUGUCAAACUCUUAAGUUCUCCAGCUGAUGAUGUCAGGGAACAGGCUGUUUGGGCAUUAGGAAAUGUUGCUGGUGACUCAUCAAAAUGCCGUGAUCUGGUCCUUGGCCAUGGGGCUUUGAUGCCUUUGCUUGCGCAAUUCAAUGAACAAGCAAAGCAUUCAUUGUUAAGAAAUGCAACCUGGACAUUAUCAAACUUCUGCAGGGGCAAGCCCCAACCUUUAUUCGACCAGACAAAACCUGCCCUCCCAGCUCUAGAGCGUCUCAUACAUUCAAAUGAUGAGGAAGUCCUCACAGAUGCAUGCUGGGCUCUGUCGUAUCUCUCCGAUGGAUCCAAUGAAAAAAUCCAAGCUGUUAUCGAGGCUGGUGUCUGCCCCCGACUUGUUGAGCUUUUACUUCAUCCAUCUCCGACAGUGCUCAUCCCUGCUCUACGUACAGUUGGAAAUAUUGUUACUGGAGAUGACAUGCAGACUCAGUGUAUGAUAAACCAUCAAGCUCUCCCAUGCCUUUUGAACUUACUGACAAAUAAUUACAAGAAGAGCAUCAAGAAGGAAGCAUGCUGGACAAUCUCAAACGUCACAGCUGGAAAUGUAAAUCAGAUACAGGCGGUACUUGAAGCAGGUAUUAUUGGUCCUCUUGUCCAAUUGCUUCAAAAUGCUGAAUUUGAGAUCAAGAAAGAAGCUGCUUGGGCAAUUUCAAAUGCAUCAUCGGGUGGAAGCCAUGAACAAAUCAAGUUUCUGGUGAACCAGGGAUGCAUCAAGCCAUUAUGUGAUCUUUUGAUUUGUCCCGACCCUAGAAUUGUCACAGUUUGUUUAGAUGGUCUAGAGAACAUUCUAAAGGUUGGGGAAGCUGAAAAGAAUUUGGGCAGCACAGGAAAUGCAAAUCUGUACACCCAAAUGAUUGAAGAUGUUGAGGGUUUAGAAAAGAUUGAGAACCUUCAGAGUCAUGACAACAAUGAAAUAUAUGAGAAAGCAGUGAAGAUUUUGGAGACGUAUUGUGUGGAGGAUGGUGAUGACUUUGAGGCAUUUCCUUCUGGUGAUGCUUCCCAAUCUGGAUUUCAGUUUGGUGGGACCGGAGUUCCUGUUCCUUCUAACGGUUUUAAUUUCAGUUAAGGUAUGCAACUUCUCUCACCUAGUUCGUAAGUAGAGCAGGACCUAAGUUGAUGCUGGAAUGAAGCUGAGAGUCCAGGUUUCAAUCGAUGAAUGUUGUUUUUUUCUUUUUGGGUAGGGAAGUCAAAUGCCACCGGAUCCUUCUCUGGUUCGUUUUCGGAUGUGGUCGAAGAGAUUCUCUUUCACAGAGGUUUUAAAAUAGGUUUGUGAAGCCAAGAAUUGCCAUUGCUGGUGGAGAGUACAGAAAGUUUUGAGUCUUUAUUUUUUUUCUUGUUUUUCUCCAUCUCCUUUUGCUGGGCAUUAUUUUGCACGCCCUAGUUUACCAUAUCACAAGGAUGGAGCUGCUCAUCACAGCUCACAUGCUAGUUGUUCUUUGUCUUUAAGGUCGUUUCAUAUCAGUUUGGAAUCUCAAAAUUGUCAUUCCGAUUAAAAGAAACUAGAAAAUGCAUCAAUUUUCAGUUUCGAGGUGGGAUUUUUGUUGACUGUGAAACAAAAAAGAAGAAUUUUUGAUAUAAAAUUUACUAUUAUUGCUUUCU